ACAGCUCAGUGGAGGUGGCGCUGGACAUGUCCCUCACAAAACCCCUGCAGGUUAGCACCAGGGCUGCGGGCGCUGCUGUCUGAGCUGGGGACGGUGGUCAGAGCGGCGUGGCGAUGACACGGGGCAAGGGGGAGGCGGGCACCUGCCACUUGGCCCCUGCCCUGGUUCCCGGUGGACAGAGGCCGCGGAGGGCGGAGGAGAAGGGAAUCCAGCCCGCCGCGGCCACCGGGCGAUGCUGACUGCCGAGGGUCUGGGGGCCUGCGCCAGCGCCCUGGGCAUCACCACGCCGCGUCUGCUCUUCCCGCAGAGAUCAGGAGGAGCACAUCCUGGAGAACAGCUUCGGCCUGGAGGGGGCGGCGCCGGGCGCGGGCGAGGGGCAGCCGCGCCUGGUGUCCCGGGGCGGCCUCGCUGGGCACCGUCACCCUGGGGCUGCCCGCUGGGCCGGCGGAUGGCGCCCGCCCCGGGCCCCGGCCUGCGGCCGCACCUGGUCAUCGCCGAGCAGCCCAAGCAGCGCGGCAUGCGCUUCCGCCACGAGCGCGAGGGCCGCUCUGCAGGCAACAUCCUGGGCGAGAGCAGCACGAGGCCAGCAAGACGCUGCCCGCCAUCGAGGUGAGCGCGCGCCGGGCGUCGGCGUCCCUGCCCCUGCCCCGGCAGCGCCGGGACUGAAGACAAAGGCCUCAGGGUGGUGGGAGAAGGGCGGCAGAAGCGAGGCCUUCGGAACCGAGCCCGCGGGUCACGGUACCCAACGAGACCCGUUAUCCUUGCAACAUUAUAGAGCCAUCUCCUUUGAAAGGCAGAGUUAGAGACGGAGCGCCCCUCCUGGGAACCGGUUCCGUCCACGCAGGAUGCCCGGCGCCCGGCCGCGUAGUUCUGAGUCCCCGCGCUCUCGCGAGCAGCAAUGUGCAGCACGUGGUUGAGCGGCCGCGCCUUCCCUGAUCAACUUGUAGAAGGGGAAUCUCUGGGGAAAGGGAACUCGCCCCUGGGGACACCCCGCGGUGGCCCCCUGCUCUUCCUGCAUCCGGGUCUCCCACGUGGCGGGCGCUUCCGGGUGUUGCUGCGCCUGCGCCGUGUGCCGUCCGCGCUGGAGGCCUGGGCCCCGCUGGCUCCUGGGGCCGCCACGUGUCCACUUAGAGCCCACGCGUGUCCCCUCUCCUGCCUCCCCACUGCCCUCGGGGAGACCCCUUCCCUCGCAGCCCCUCCUCCCUGGCCACCUCCAGCGCUGUCGCCCCUGACUGGAGAGGCUGCCCCUCACCAGGGCCCCUCGCCGGGCCCCAGCCCCCUGCCCUCUCGCCAGCUGAGCAGCCCCCUCCCCUUUUGUUUCUGCAAGCUCCCUGCCCCAGUGCUGGGAGCUGGGAACUCAGUCCAGACCCGGACCCCGAGCCCGCAGUAGCCUGGAAGCCGGCCCGGAGCACGUGCAGGACUUGGCGCCCAGGGCUCCGCCGUGGCCGCUGGCCCGCAGCUCUGCGCUCACGUUUAUUUGGGGGCUCAGUGGGUCCACGCUGUGCUUCCAGCCCGGGAGCGCCGACACGGUGGGUAGCAGUGUGGGUUUGGGGUGAGGGCAGGGAUCGGAGCCCUGGCUCUGUCGCCCGUUACUCCGAUGGGCCCGUCUGUGGAGCAGGUGCACACCGCAGCGCCCUCCGCGUCCGGUUCCAGCUCCUGUGCCUGCCCGGUUGGCGUCCUCACUGCUGCUCAAUUGCUCCAGGCACUGCAGCCUAAGGCAGGCGGCGCCGCAGAGGAGCUGGGGAACGGGCUUCCUCCCACGUGCAUUUGCGGCCGUGGACAGAGGGACCGGUGGCUCUGGUGCACCGAAGGCCGAUCACCUGGCCCUUCCAAGCCUGCGCGCCUCCCAUCUGUUUCUGCAGGUCGAGAGGGAAUCCUUUGGAAGAUCUGGGUCCCUGAAGAAUCACCAGGAGGUGGACAUGAACAUGGUGAGGAUCUGCUUCCAGGCCUCUUACCAGGACCAGCAGGGGAAGAUACGCGACAUGGACCCUGUGCUCUCCGAGCCCGUCUACGGCAAGAAGUCCACAAACAUCGGAGCUGCGGAUCUGCUGGAUCAACAAGGAGAGCGGGCAGUGCACGGGCGGCGAGCAGCUCUACCUGCUGUGUGACCAGGAUCUUCAUCAUCUGGGCCAUCAGCAGCUGGUUCUGCCCAGGGCCGGCCCCUCAGGACCAGGCAGGGCCCUGGAGGAGCCCCGUGCGUCGCCAGCCACAACCUGUUCCCCAAAGACACUUUAAUGGUAACUGCUGGAUGCAGGGGCGGAAGGUGACAGGAGCAGCACGACCUCGUGUACAGCGACUGGACGAGCGGCGAGAACUCAGACGGCUGCUGCGAGCAUUUAUCAGAGCUGGACAUCCUGCAGGUGGCCCUCCUGGAAACCAACGCCUACCUGCUGGCGCUCACCAUCAUCGUCUCCAUCAUCCACAGUGUCUUUGAGUUCCUGGCAUUCAAGAACAGCAGGGCUUCAUCACCAUGACGCCCCAGCUCUUCAUCAACUACAAGCUCAGGUCCAUGACCCACCUGCCCUGGUGCAUGCUCACCCACAAGGCCCUCAACACCUUCAUUGAGGACCUGUUUGCCUUCAUCAUCAAGAUGCCCG